UUAUUUAGUUGUAGAUUUUGUUUAUUUAGUUAGAUUGUUUAAUAUGUUGCAUGUUCCAAAGUUAAAGACCACCAAAGAAAUAAUGAAAACAAGUUCAAGGUUAAAACAGUUGGUGGCACCAGCAAUCAGUUGCAGAUAUUCAUCAAGUGCAUCAGAAUAUUUGCACAAGAGCAAUCUACCAACAUACCACUUUCAAAACUGCUUACCAAGGUUACCAAUACCCAAGCUUGAAGACACCAUGUCAAGAUACAUGCGGUCACUUAAAGCAUUGAAAGGCCAUCCUGAUAUUGAUGAAGCUGCUAUCAUGGAAACACAAAGAGCUGUCAAUGCAUUUAUGAAGUUUGAGGGACCAGCCAUCCAUGAAGUCCUUAUUGCUGAAAACGCAAAGAACUCUGGCACAAGUUACAUCACAAAACCAUGGUUUGACAUGUACUUGGAAAGCAGGUUGCCUCUGCCAUUAAACUACAACCCCUACCUUACAUAUAAGAGAGAUCCCGUUGAACAGAUGAAUGAACAGGUUACCAGAUCCACCAACCUUAUAAUAUCUGCCAUGAAGUUCAAAAAAACAUUGGAAGCAGAAAUUCUUUCACCUGAAGUUUUCUACAUGAACGACAAAGCUAAGUCGCCAUUCAUACAAACAAGUGUCAAGUACCUUCCUAAUCAGUUGAUGUUACGUUACUUACCCAUGGUAAUGUCACAAGCUUACCCACUUGAUAUGAGUCAGUUUAAGAAUCUAUUCAGUUCGACAAGGAUUCCACAAACUGGCAAAGAUGUUUUGGAAACAUAUAAAGACUCAAGACACAUCAUUGUCAUCCGAAACGGUCAUUUCUACAAAGUGACCGCACUAAACACAGAUGGAAGCAUAGUUGAUCCUUUGAAACUGAAAUCCUGUUUAAACCGGAUAAAAGCAGAUAGAAGGUCACCACCUGAACAUUCAGUUGCUUACCUGACAACCACUGAACGUGAUAUAUGGGCAGAUACAAGAUCCCAUCUUCUUCAAUCAGGAAACGAACAAUCAUUGUUGGAUGUCGACUCAGCAAUUUUCUGCCUUGUUCUUGAUGACUCAACAGAUGUUGAAACUCCCGAGAAAUCUGCCGAGACUUUUCUGUAUGGUGAUGGUGCCUCCCGGUGGUUCGAUAAAAGCUUCUCGCUCAUCGUGGCCGGCAACGGCGACACAGCACUGAACUUCGAACAUGCAUGGGGGGACGGUGUUGCUGUGAUGCGAUUCUUCAACGAUGUAUUCUCGGACUCCACCAGCCACCCCUCCAUUUCACAUGACACACCCACCCAUGAUGGUGACUUAAGUGAACUGAUUCAACAAGUGGAGUUUAAUGUAGAUGAGAAAACCAAAGAACGCAUCACGCAAGCUAAGGCCGGUUAUGAUAAAGCCACCGGUAGCUUAAGAGUUGCUGCGGGUCAGUUUGAUAAAAUGAACAAAGAAUAUUUAAAGAGGAAGAAAGUUUCUCCAGAUGGGAUUAUGCAACUUGCCAUUCAAGUUGGUCACCACAAGUUCUGCGGCCAUCCAGCCCCUACGUACGAAUCAUGCAGCACUUCUGCUUUCAAACAUGGGAGAACUGAAACCAUCAGGUCGUGUACACUGGAAGCACAAGAAGCAGCACGUGCUAUUGUGGAAGGUUCAUCUGGGGUGGUGAACAAAUUAAAAGAUGACGCAGACUACAGGUCAAAGGUGGAUGACCUCAUAAGGAAAAGUUGUAAUCGUCAUAAUGAACUCACAAAGGAAGCAGCAAUGGGAAAGGGUUUUGAUCGCCACAUGUUCGGGUUACGUCACACAGCCGAGAAAGUUAUCGGUCGUGAGAUUCCGGCAAUUUUCCGCGAUUUUUCUUACACUACAAUGAACCAGAUUGUUUUGUCCACUUCUACGUUGUCUAGCCCAGCAGUUACUAUAGGGGGCUUUGCACCAGUUAUACCUAAUGGUUUUGGGGUGGGGUAUGGGGUGAAAGAUGAAAUGCUGGGGUGCAACAUUACAAGUUACGAUGUAAGAGACGUUGGCAGUCUCGUAGAAGCAAUUAUGACAUCAUUAGACGACAUUCACACUGUACUGGAAGGUUAACAUCUUCUUGGAAUGGUUUGUAAUUUAAUAGAGAAAUUUCCUUUGAAUAGUAUUUAAUAUAUAUAUAUAAGAUUAUUCCACCAUAAUUUCAGUUUCUAUUUCUUUCCCGUAUGAGAUUCUUUGCAAUAAACCGUAAUUGGUAUAGAAAGAAUGUUUAUUAUUACUGUAGCUUACAUUCAGAAAACAAUGUUGGUUUGCUUAUAAAAUAAACGAAUUCAACAUAUUUA